GCAGGAGCAUUUUGUGGUAACGAGAAGAAGUGCAAGAUGUGUCUUAACCAGAGAAAACUGUCUUUUGUUACUGAAUACGUGAAGUGGAGAGCUAUACCCAGACUGAUACUCCUAGACUCGGAAAUUUCCUCAGGUUGUAACUUCAAAAUGGUCAAAUCCAACGUCGAUCUAUUCGAUGACAAAGGCCUCUACUUCUCAAUGCAAACAACUUUUGAGGGUGCUGCGGAAAUAAUGGAAAAGAAUAAGCAAAAAGUGAUCUUAAUAACAUUUGUAAGCAGGAAUAUGGACACGGAGCUUCUAGAAAUGGCUGCUAUAGUUGCAAAGCGAGCAUAUAAGGUUUGUUGGCUGAUUGUAGUCGAAUAUCAGUUCAGAAAUACGGUCAACGUGCUGAAAGCUUCUAAUAUAUCAAUAAAUGCAGACAUUGUAGCAGCUAUCGACUUAUCAACACCUCCUUCAGUAAAGGACCCAUGUAAUUAUAACGAUAAAUCAACGUUUAACGACAUAACAAAUUUUGCGGAAUUAGACAACACUACAAAGUAUGUGCUGCCAUAUUUCGAUGGAGACGACGAACACUUUGACAUAUUAUCAUUAUGCGACCUCAAGCAACACAACAACGAAGGGUUCUGUUUAUUGCAAAUAUACAAGAUUCGGAUGAAUUCGAAUAACUCAUUUGUCUUACAUCGCAUGGGGAACUGGUGCUAUAUCAGAUCUGCUUAUGUGACAAAGAAAUUGCUCAGCAUCGAGCAAAGAGCAAACCUUCAUCGUUUUCCUUUAAUAAUUGGACACAGGAAUGCUUCCUCAGAGAAAAGAACUACCGAAACCCCUUUUUUGGCAUACGAUUUGUUCGAUAAAAACCUGUUGGAGUUUUACACGUACUUUACUGGAUUCUUAAAUAGCAGUGAAUCUGAAUUAUUUUUCGCGAAAGUUGGAUCCAAAAACACUGAAGGAGAAUGGACAGACCUUCUAGGGGCAUUGUCGAAGGGAGAUAUCGACCUUGCAUUAGAAUGUUUCAUCAAAAUACCUGCUGGCUUCAAUGCUAUCGGAUUUACACUGGAUAUCAUGAAAUCAUGCAAAAAUAUCUAUCUACAACCAGAGGCAUCCAACAAAUUCCGCAACAUAUACCUCGAACCUUUUGACGAAAGACUCAUUCUGUGUGUCUUUGGAACUGGUUUAGCCCUUUCUAUUUGCUUAGCUAUCACCCACAGAGUUGCAAUGAAAUUCAAGGGCCAGGAAAGCUAUCCUUAUGGAAUCAUCAGUAGUUUGACGUGGUGCAUUGGAGUUAUAUGUCAGCAAGGAAGUAUAUGGAGACCAAAGCUAUAUUCGGAUCAAAUAAUAGUACUGAUAGCCUUGGCAUUCACUUUAUUGAUAUACAACUCAUAUUCGGCAUUUAUAACAUCUGUAUUAUCGAUAACUUUGCCAGAUAUUAGAACUGUGCAAGAACUUUUAGAGAGUAACUAUGAAAUCGGAUAUGAAAAAGAUAGCCAGACUGAGGUUUACUUACGGACAACAAACAACAGUCAGCUAAAUCAAAUCUAUCUUCGUGGAUACUUGGCCAACGUUCAAAACAUAACAGAAGGACUUAUGCGGGCCGCCAAAGGUGGCUAUGGAUUCUUUGCAGCUGGCGAAGACGCGAGACGAGCUUUGCUCAACAUCAGCCAUCACAAAUGUCGAUAUGAUAUACAAGAGAUUCUCGUAAAGUCCACCCUAAAUAGUGUAGCAUUUGGGGUGGCCAAGAAGUCGCCUUAUAAAAAGCUUAUCAACCUCAGCAUAAUCCGAAUGUACGAGACCGGCAUUCACAAGUACAUAACCAACAUCCUGUAUCCACCUCUUUCGAAAUGCGACAAGAGAAAAACCUACAAGAGUGCCAGAUUUUCAGACAUCUCCAGCGCGUUCUGGCUACUCUGUCUUGGAUACAUAUUCGGCAUUAUAUUUUUGGUUUUAGAAUGCAUCUGGAAGAACAGAAAACGUGUAUUUAGAUGCCUUAAAAAGACUUCUAGGAAGGAGCAUCGCAUCAUUCUCUUUAGAGAAUAUUUACCUUGAUUUAUUUGGGCUGUCGAAACAUAAAAAUCAAUGUAGUUACUUUAAAAUCAUUGCACCAUUGUUUUAAACCAUAAUGUGUGUCUGCGUGCUGUACAGCUAACCGAUAAUAAAUGAAAUCACAUAGGAAAUUUUUCUUAUGGAGUUUAUAAAUCAGUUAUAUCAAACACCUAUUCAUUUGAAUGGCUACAAACACACAGACAAUGUGCUCAUAAACUAACUUACAUUAUGUAUUAACAAAAAUUGGACAAACAAAAGAAACAUUAUAACGUAGAACUAUGUAGUCGAUUUAUAGCUGAUAUAUCAAAUAUACAUAGCCGGACCACAAAUAAUGGGUCUAUUGAAUAAAAAAAAAGUAUUUGCUUAUACUUCCUGUUAUUUGAGUAUUUACUUGACAAGCAUUGAAUAAAAAGUCAUAAAAAAGCGUCUACUUAUGGUAUUAAGUAAACUCAUCC